AUGUUGUUGGUGAAAAAUAAUAAUAACGGUCUUUUUAUGUUUUGUCAUGCAGAGGCCAGGAAGUUCGACCUUGUUGUAAUUGGGGGAGGAUCUGGUGGAUUGGCCUGCUCCAAAGAAGCUGCACAAUUUGGGAAGAAAGUUGCAGUAUUAGACUAUGUGUCGCCAUCUACCCAGGGAAGUAGGUGGGGCCUGGGUGGGACAUGUGUCAAUGUUGGGUGUAUCCCUAAAAAGCUGAUGCACCAGGCUUCCAUGCUAGGCGAACAUGUUCAUCAAGCAAGAGCCUUUGGCUGGAACGUCCCACAAAACAUCGCCAUUUCUUGGGAGACAAUGUGUGAUAAGGUGAACAGCUAUGUGAGAUCCCUGAACUGGGGUCAUCGAGUGCAGCUACAGGAUAAAGAGGUGGAAUAUAUCAAUGCUAAAGGCAGUUUCCUGGACAACUAUACAAUAAAGGCUGUCAAUGACAAAGGGAAAGAGUUUAUCCUUGAAGCUGACUCAGUUGUAAUUGCCGUGGGGGGAAGACCUGUUAUACCGGAAGAGAUUCCUGGUGCCUUAGAAAAUGCUAUUUCCAGCGAUGACAUUUUUUGGAUGAAAAAAACGCCAGGAAAAACGUUGGUUGUUGGAGGAAGCUAUGUGGCUCUGGAAUGUGCCGGUUUUCUCACAGGUUUAGGUUUUGAUACAACUGUGAUGGUUCGGUCCAUUCCACUCAGAGGCUUUGACCAGCAAAUGGCUGGGCUGGUCACAGGCUACAUGGAGGACCAAGGCACCAAGUUUUUAUGGAAGACCACUCCAGUCAGGAUUGACAAGACUGAUGGAUUGCAACUCAAGGUCGUGUCACAGGAUGGUCAAGGUCAUCAGGAAAGUGAGCUGUAUGACACAGUCCUCAUGGCUGUUGGUAGAAGAGCUGAGACCCGCAAGCUGUCUCUACAGAACACAUCUGUUUGUGUGGAUAACGUUUCGGGAAAGUGCUUGGGGAAUAAUGGAGAAGCUGAGCGCAGUGCUGUACCUCAUAUCUACGCCAUCGGCGACGUGCUACAGGGGCGCCCAGAGCUGACUCCGGUGGCCAUCAGAGCGGGGAAGCUGUUGGCACGGCGACUGUACGGAGGCUCAACAGAGCAGAUGGAUUAUGACAAGGUGGCCACGACGGUGUUCACCCCAUUGGAGUACGGAACUGUGGGAAUGUCAGAGGAGACAGCCAUCCAGAUGUACGGUGAAGACAACAUUGAGGUGUACCAUGCCUUCUACAAGCCAUUGGAGUUUGCAGUACCUGAACACAGUUCUGAGCAGUGUUACAUCAAGCUGAUAUGUGAGAGACAUGGAAAGAGAAAGGUGCACGGCUUUCAUCUGACAGGCCCUAAUGCAGGGGAAAUAACUCAGGGAUUUGCUGUAGCACUGAGAUGUGAUGCGUCCGCAGAUGAUGUGCUCAGCACUGUAGGAAUCCAUCCCACCUGCGCAGAAGAAGUAGUCAAACUUCACAUCACCAAACGCUCGGGCCUGGACCCUACAGUCACUGGUUGCUGAGGUUAGCUUGUACCCCAGCAGGUACCACCACCUGUGUAAAGAACAGCUCCACC